AUGGCUCAGACCGGUACCGCUUCGGUCCUCCCAGACCCCGCCGCCGACCUUCACUGGAGCGACUACCGCGGAGCAAUCCACGAAAUAUUCGCCGCCAACGCCGAGAAGCACCCCGAGAGACCAUGCGUUGUCGAAACCCCGAGUGCCCGCACUCCCGAGCGCGCCUUCACCUACAAGCAGAUCAAUGAGAGCUCCAAUCAGCUUGCCCACCACUUCCUGGCGCAUGGCUGUGAGCGCGGAGACGUCGUCAUGGUCUACGCCCACCGUGGUGUGGACCUCGUCGUUGCAUACAUGGGUGCUCUGAAGGCCGGUGCCACCGUCAGCGUGCUGGAUCCCCAGUACCCUCCCGACCGUCAGACCAUAUACCUGGAAGUUGCAAGCCCUAGGUUCCUCGUCCAGAUCGAGCGCGCGACUGAGGAGGCCGGCAAGCUGCCAGACAAGGUUAGAGAUUUCAUCACCCAAAACUUGAGCAUCAAGGCCGAAGUGCCUGCUCUCAAGCUUCAGGACGAUGGUUCUCUGGCAGGUGGUGAGGUCGACGGCAAGGAUUGUCUGGAGGCGCAAGAGUCCCUCAAGAGCCAGUUGCCUGGUGUCUUGGUUGGUCCUGACUCUAUUCCGACCCUGUCAUUCACCAGUGGCUCCGAGGGCAGGCCCAAGGGUGUGCAGGGUCGCCACUUCUCUCUGGCAUACUACUUCCCUUGGAUGGCGCAAAGGUUCAAUCUGUCCGAGAAUGACAGGUUUACCAUGCUGUCUGGCAUUGCCCAUGAUCCUAUCCAGAGAGACAUCUUCACCCCACUCUUCCUUGGUGCACAACUCCUUGUUCCCAGCCGCGACGAUAUUGCACAUGAGCUUCUCGCCGAAUGGAUGCGCAACUACAAGGCUACCGUUACCCACCUCACCCCUGCCAUGGGUCAGAUCCUCGUCGGAGGCGCCAGCGCCCAGUUUCCUUCUCUGCACCACUCCUUCUUUGUAGGUGAUGUCUUGAUCAAGAGAGAUUGCAAGAGGCUCCAGGAGCUGGCACACAACGUUCGCAUCGUCAACAUGUACGGAACCACCGAAACUCAGCGCGCCGUGUCCUAUUACGAGGUGCCGAGCAAGAACGACGACCCGAACUUCCUGGACACCAUGGGCGAUAUCAUCCCUGCCGGGAAGGGUAUGCUCGACGUCCAAUUGCUGGUCGUUGACCGCGAGAACAGGAAUCGCAUCUGCGACGUUGGCGAGCAGGGAGAAAUCUUUACCAGAGCAGGCGGUUUGGCAGAGGGAUACCUUGGCAACGAUGAGACUACUGCCAAGCUGAACGAGUCCAAGUUCAUUUCCAACUGGUUCAUUGAUAAUGCCAAGUGGGUUAAGCAGGACGAAGAGAAGGUCACAUCUUCCGGAGUCAAGGAGCCUUGGCGCCAACUCUACAAGGGUCCUCGGGACCGUCUCUACCGGACCGGUGACUUGGGUCGUUACACUGCUGACGGAAAUGUUGAGUGCACUGGCCGCAUCGACAACCAAGUCAAGAUCAGAGGCUUCCGUAUCGAGCUCGGCGAAAUUGACACUCACUUGUCCCGCCACCCGCUCAUCCGUGAGAACGUCACUCUGGUCCGCAGGAACAAGGAUGAGGAGCCGACGUUGGUCAGCUACAUUGUUCCCGAGAUGAAGCGCUGGCUUCAGUGGCUGGAGGAGAAGGGUCUUGCUGCGGACGACUCCCAGGACGACUCCAUGGUUGGCAUGUUGAAGAAAUUCAAGCCCUUGUCGGACGACUGCAGGAGCUUCCUCAAGACCAAAGUGCCUUCUUACGCAGUCCCCAGCGUUCUUGUCCCUCUCUCCCGCAUGCCGCUCAACCCCAACGGCAAAAUCGACAAGCCGGCGUUGCCGUUCCCUGAGCCUACAGAUCUUCUCCUUGCCGCUGGUAGGAGACCAUCUCAAGUGGCUGCCUCCAUGACUGAGACUCAGAAGAAGGUUGCCGAGAUCUGGGGCAAGCUACUGCCGAACACGUCGGCCCGCAUGUUGACUCCUGAGUCCAACUUCUUCGAGGAGGGUGGCCACUCCAUCCUAGCUCAGCAGAUGCUUCUACAGGUCAGGAGGACGUGGAAGGGUAUCGAUGUUCCCAUGAGCGUCAUCUUCCAGUCGCAAACGUUGGAGGCUUUCUCCACUGAAAUUGACCGCGCUCAGGAUCCAGCUGGUCUGCGUCUGGAGCACGCUCCCGCUCCCGACGAUGUCACAGAUGAGGCCUACUCUGCCGAUGCUCGCGAGCUUGCGCAACAACUGCCGAAAUCCAUCCCAACUGCCACACUUGACUUCUCGGAGUCCAAGACGGUAUUCCUUACUGGCGCCACUGGUUUCUUGGGAUCUUACCUCCUGAGGGAUCUUUUUAGCCGUAACUUGCGCGUCAUUGCGCACGUCCGUGCCAAGGACCCUGCUGCUGGUCUCGAGCGUAUUACCUCUACCUGUCAAGCAUACGGCAUCUGGUCCGAGGCCUGGCGCUCCCAGCUGGAGGUUGUCAUUGGUGACCUUUCCAAACCCAAUCUUGGGCUUGAGAAGGAGGCUUGGGAGCGCGUCGCUAACGAGGCGGAUGUUAUCAUUCACAACGGCGCGUUGGUCAACUGGAUGCAGCCGUACUCCAGCCUCCGCUCUCCCAACGUCCUCUCCACGAUGAAUGCCAUCUCGCUAUGCACGAGUGGCAAGCCCAAGCAGCUUGGGUUUGUCAGCUCUACCUCUACCCUGGACAGCGAUCACUAUGUCAAGCUGUCCCAGGAGAGCGUGGCUGCUGGCGGCAAGGGUGUGUUGGAGGCUGACGAUAUGGAGGGCAGCCGCAAGGGUCUCGGAACUGGAUAUGGCCAGUCCAAGUGGGCCAGCGAGUACAUUGUCCGUGAGGCAGGCAAGCGAGGUCUCAAAGGAGCCGUUAUCCGUCCCGGAUACGUCACUGGCGAUCCUGUCACCGGCACCUCGAUCACGGAUGACUUCCUUGUCCGUCUCCUGAAGGGAUGCCUCCAGCUCAAUGCUCGCCCCGACAUCAAGAACACGGUCAACCAGGUCCCCGUCACUCACGUCGCCCGCGUUGUUAUCGCGUCGACCCUCAACCCACCGGUUGAGCCCCUCGGCGUCGCACAAGUCACCAGCCAUCCCCGCCUCUCUUUCAACGAGUUCGUCGGCGCGCUCGAGACUUAUGGCUACGACGUUCCGCAGGUUUCGUAUGACGAAUGGCGGACGAAGAUGGAAGACUACGUGGCGGCCUCGAUCGACGGCGAGAAGGAAGAGCACGCUCUCCUCCCACUUUUCCAUUUCGUCACGGGCAACCUCCCCGCCGACACGAUUGCGCCCGAGCUCGAUGACGCGCAGUCUGCGGCCGCGCUUCGGGCCGACGCCAAGUGGACGGGCGAGGACGUGUCGGGCGGCAGCGCCGUCACGGUCGAGACGCUGGGUGCAUACCUUGCGUACCUGGUCGCGGUGGGCUUUUUGCCGUCGCCGACGAAGAAGGGCGAGAGAGAGCUGCCGACGUGCGAGCUGAACGCGGAUCAGAAGGCGGCGCUGGGUAAGAUCGGCGGUCGUGGUGGUGGCGCCGCUUAA